UCAGCGCUCUUCUCUCCUUCUCCGGUGCUCACGGUGCAGCUACGCCUCCCGCCUGUCUGAGCAGCAGCGGCAGUAGUGUAGUAGUAAUCUGCGUGCCGCGCACUCGGCUCGCAUUUUGUGUCACCGUGCCACCAGAAGAGGGGCGACAGACUGCUGCGCGUCAAGGGGAUACCAGUCAUCAUCCACACGGUUCAAGCUACAUCCCGCUGGGGGCAAUGACAUUGGCAGCCUGACGUGGGAAUUAACGAGAAAACGCAAAAUGACUGUGGACUUUGAAGAAUGUAUAAAAGAUUCGCCCCGAUUCAGGGCUGGAAUUGAUGAUGUGGAGACAGAUGUGGUAGAAAUUGAAGCGAAGCUCGAUAAGUUGGUGAAGCUAUGCAGCGGGAUGAUCGAGGCCGGCAGGGCCUACGUCAGCGCUAACAAGCUCUUUGUUAACGGCAUCAGAGACCUGUCCCAGCAGUGCAAGAAAGAGGAGAUGAUAUCGGAAUGCCUUGAAAAGUGUGGCGAAAGCCUCCAAGAGAUGGUCAACUACCACACGAUUUUGUUUGACCAGGCUCAGAGGUCCAUCAAACAGCAGCUUCACACCUUCAUUAAAGAGGACAUACGGAAGUUCAAGGACACCAAGAAGCAGUUUGAUCGGGUGCGUGAGGACAUGGAGCUGGCGCAGGUGAAGAACGCGCAGGCACCCAGGAACAAGGUGCACGAGGCGGAGGAGGCGACGCAAGCUCUCAUCCUCAGCCGCAAAGCUUUUCGGCACCUGGCCCUGGACUAUGUGCUACAGAUUAAUGUGCUUCAAGCCAAGAAAAAGUUUGAAAUCCUGGAUGCAAUGCUGUCAUUCAUGCGAGCCCAGUAUACUUUGUUCCAACAAGGCUUUAACAUCUUGGAUGAGAUUGACCCCUAUAUGAAAAAACUGGCUGCACAGCUAGAUCAGCUGGUCAUUGACUCGGCCGUGGAGAAGAGGGAGCUGGAGCACAAACACGCCCUCAUCCAGCAGAGAACUCUGAUGCAGGAUUUUUCCUAUGAUGACCCUAAGCUGGAAUUCAAUGUGGAUGCACCCAAUGGUGUGGUUAUGGAGGGCUACCUCUUUAAGAGGGCCAGCAAUGCAUUCAAGACCUGGAAUAGGCGGUGGUUUUCUAUACAAAACAGCCAGCUGGUCUACCAAAAGAAACUCAAGGAUUCUUUGACAGUGGUUGUUGAGGAUUUGAGGUUGUGCUCAGUCAAACCAUGUGAAGAUAAUGAGAGGCGGUUCUGCUUUGAGGUGGUUUCACCCACUAAGAGCUGUAUGCUGCAGGCUGAGUCUGAGAAGCUGAGGCAGGCAUGGAUCCAGGCCGUCCAGGCAAGCAUCGCUUCUGCUUACAAGGACAUCACCGACAACUAUUACAUUGAGCGAUUGGACCGGACUGCCUCACCCUCCACCAGCAGCAUUGACUCUGCCAGUGAACCCAGAGAGAGAGGAGAGAGGGCUGAUAAGGGAGUUCGGGGAGGAGGAGAGAGCCUCCUCCAGCGGGUGCAGAGCCUGCCAGGCAAUGAGCUGUGCAGUGACUGUGGCCAAACGGCUCCCUGCUGGGCCUCUAUCAACCUGGGAGUGCUGCUCUGCAUUGAGUGCUCAGGGAUCCACAGGAGUUUAGGGGUCCAUUUCUCUAAAGUGCGUUCACUGACGUUAGACUCCUGGGAGCCAGAAUUACUUAAGCUGAUGUGUGAAUUGGGGAAUACUGUGAUCAACCAGAUUUAUGAGGGAGCCUGUGAAGAACUCGGAGCAAAAAAACCAGGCCCCUCCAGUUCAAGACAGGAGAAAGAGGCCUGGAUCAAAUCUAAAUAUGUGGAGAAACGCUUCCUGAAGAAGAUGAGUGGCAGCGAAGCGCUGGUGGAAGGUGAAAGGAAGUCCCGCCCUUGGACAGUGAAGAAAUGCCAGCGACACAGCAGCUCUGUUCGGGCACCCAACAAGGCUCGUAGGAAAUAUCACCGAUAUGAACCUGGCAGCGCCUCGCCGGCAAACCUCUCGGCAGCAGCUGCGGCAAAGUUUCGCCGGGACUCACUGUUCUGUCCAGAUGAGUUGGACUCAUUAUUUUCCUACUUUGACACUGGCUCUGGUCCUCGCAGCCCUGCAGGUCUCAGUAGCGACAGCGGUCUGGGAGGAAGUACUGACGGGAGCACAGACGUCCUGGCCUUUGGCUCAGUGGUGGACAGUGUAACAGAGGAAGAAGAGGAAUCAGAGGAGUCUUCCAGUGGUGAGGUGGAAAUUGAACAGGAAGUAUCGUCAGACCCUGAAGACCCAAGAGAACUCCACCCCGGCGCGCUCCUGUACCGAUCCUCCCGACUCCACAACUUGCCGCUCAUGGCGGAGGCUUUGGCACACGGUGCUGACGUACACGCUGCUUGCGAGGAAGAGGAGGGCAAAACGCCACUCAUUCAGGCUGUGAUAGGGGGCUCCUUGAUAGCUUGUGAGUUCUUGCUACAGAAUGGGGCCGAUGUGAACCAGAGGGACAUGAGAGGCAGAGGCCCACUGCAUCAUGCAACCUACCUGGGGCACACUGGGCAGGUGUGUCUGUUCCUGAAAAGAGGAGCAUCGCAAACAGAGGUGGAUGAGCAGGGUCAUGAUCCUUUAAGCAUCGCUGUCCAGGCUGCCAAUGCCGACAUCGUCACCCUGUUGCGUCUAGCUCGGAUGAAUGAAGAGAUGCGAGAGGCAGAGGCGGCUCCGCUGGGUCAACCAGGACGUACCCCGAGCAGCAGGAGAGUAAAACCUAAGGAUGUUCGGGAUAGAGUGACAUCUCCUUCACUGAUGUCUUUCGCGAGUUUUCUCUCCUCGCGUCUCUCCAUCCCGAAAAGUUGAGAAGAAGGAGCUUACAGUUCAGCAGCUGUAAGAAGCCAAAGUGAUCACUGCUGACCCCUCACUUCAUCCGACCUCUCUUCAGUCACUUUGGAAUCAGGCAGGAGGCUGCUGCGUUCGAUUAGAAGACAUGUUGGUCCUGCCAAGUGAAUGCUCUGGGAAUGAAAAAAAGAAAAGUCAAAUUCCAGCAGAGACAAGUUAAAACUACAGCAGACUUGUAAUAGUUGUAAUAUUCUCUCGUAAAUAAACUUGGUCAAAGCCAAACAUUUCUAUUGCCCUGAUGUUUUAGCUGACUUACUCCAGUUUUGAUAAUGUUAGUCAUCCAGCAGAGCUGACAUUAACAUUUGAUGACCUUUAGAGAUAUAACAACAAAACAAUUCUCAACCUGUCCAACUAAUAAGUCAACUCAACCUUGGACCUGUCUGAACAUGAACAAUGGGACCUCUGGAGCUUGAGUUGGAUAGGACAUCAUGUAGAUGCAUCAUCAAAAUGGAAUCUGGGGAGCCUGGAGGUUGGAUCAGUGCCUUGGCUUGUUUUUUUGUGUUCCUAUUUCUGCCAACAGAAAGUACAAUUUCUUUAUGUGCAACAGUUUUUGGACAGAUGGUCAUAUGUGCAAGGAAGUCCUCAUGACUCUCAGGACCCGAGUUUUCCCUGGAGAACAGUGCAAUGCAAGAGGUGAUGAUUGUUAUUUACUGUAAUUUUGAAAAAAAAAAAUCCUCUCAGGAAGCAGUCGAGCUCCCCAAACCCUGGUUCUCAAAGGCACACCAACAAAAUAAAAAAAAUAACACAGAUAAAAUAAUCCGGGUUUGACUGUGUUUGCUAAUGCUUAUGCAAAUAUUUCCACAAGCUUAAUGACGCUCUCUAUGAUGAGUAAAUUAAACUUGACCUUUAAAUUAAGUGAAGUAAUCCUUUUAUACCUAUUUGUUCAGCAUUUGUGAUGAAAUUUCUGACAAAAUUAUUUUAAGUAUUUGUAGCUGAUGGCAGAAGUCAAAUAAAAAAAAAAUCUACUGAAAUUA